AUGUUUAAGACCGGCGAGCUGCCCGCACGCCUCCGCUCUACCUCCAGCGGCAGUAGCUGCCAAUUCAACGCCAAGAACGUUCCCAACCGGACCGCCACGUUUCGCAGUGCUACCUCCAGCCCCUCCCUGAUUUCAUCGGAGCCAUUGUCAGCCAUGCCCUCGCCCCGCAGCUCGGACGCGGCCAACCAGCCCAUGCCCGAUGCCACCAUUUUCUUGCCCCCCUCUUCCCCAAAUGGCUCUGACCGCCCGCGCAGCAUGAGCGUCAGCCUGCCCAUCGACGAGACAACCCGCCUGCUGCUGGAGAAGCUUCUGUUGGCCGAAUGGCCGCCAGCCCCUGUCGAGGACACGCGCGAGGUUGUUUGGACCUCAGACUCGAUCGACAUGAUGUUUGAGGUCGCCGUCAACCAUGGCUCGGAGAUGGCCGCUACUUUGUUUGAUCCAGCCAUUGAACCCGUUGUCGACAUGCCCUCCUCAGUCGAGUCCAUCUCCUCGCCCCUCAUCGACCUGGCCUUGCCCCAGCUCUAGCCUCCUUGGUCUUCUUCCUCCUCCCCCGUUCUCUAUGUUGUCAUUGCCACUGUUGUUUAUUUUUCCUAGGAUUUAGAAGUGAGUUUGAGGGCCAAGCCCUCUUCCGACCACUUGCGUUGAGGUUUGCUCAAGUCCACCACAUACGCUGCCACACCGUGUGUUUGGAAGCGUUCUUUCAACCAUCUUGAAGCCCCCAUCCCAAGUGGUUUCGUGCUCUGUUUUGUUCUCUUGUGCCACCCGACCCUUGUCUGCCUGGCUUUGGCUCGCUGCCAAGCACUUUAACCAUCCACCCUGACACCAUCCCCAAGAGCCCUGAUUUUCAGACAUCAGUUCGCCUCGGCUGUCACCCCUUCUCCGCUCUUUUUUGUUUUAUCUUUGUCUUUUCUCCAUUUGCUCUGGUCAGAUCUCCAGUCUUUCUCCAUCCAUCGAGGCAUUGGUAUCUGCUUUUUUCACUUUGACAAACGUAAUUGAUCGCAUGUACGUU